UGGAGGAGGUGGGGGAGAACAUUCGGGCAUGCAUUUUCAGCAAGGCUUGGUGGCAGAGGAGUUGGAAAGUUUGCGUUAAGAACUUAAGAUCUCUUGUGAGCUGGUGCUGGGCACAAUACAGGGGAACCUUUCUUUCUUUUCCUCUCCUGUUGCAAGUUUUCGCUCUGGAUUUGUUCUAAAAUAUUUAACAGGCAAGUUAAGAAGAGAUUUACCAAGCUGGGGCCAUAUUGGGUUUGUAGUUAAUAUCACGUGAAAGGACUACUUUUGAAUGGUAGUUAAUUCGAGGGCAUGGGUCCUUCAUAUAGGCCUUCUGUCAGACUGCCGUUGAACAAAGUUUGAGGGUUCAGUCGGGUUGGAUGGUGUUUUCCUUCUUCAUUGAGGCUUGAAAAGGUUGGGGAUUGGUUUUUUUUAAUUUGGGUAGGCAGCUGGUUGCAGGGCAAAGAUCUAUCUCUGCAAUUUUAUUACAGGUGCGGGUCUUCAUUCCAGUGGCUGACACAACCAACUUCAGCUAUCUGAACAGUGAUUUUGUCGGGCACUUUAAUAUCAUCAGGUGCUACAACUUCCGGUGAUUUAGAGGCCGGAAGCUCAAGCCUGUGAAGUUCUUCUGUUUGUUCACAGCAAGGCAUAACCGUGGGAUUUCUGUAGAAUGAGCACACCUAAGGUUAAGAGGAGAGUGGGGAAAUAUGAGCUGGGGAGGACGAUAGGCGAGGGCACUUUUGCAAAGGUCAAGUUCGCAAGGAACACGGAAACAGGAGAGCCUGUGGCUCUUAAGAUCCUCGACAAAGAAAAGGUUCUCAAACACAAGCUAGUAGAGCAGAUCAAGCGGGAAAUUUCUACAAUGAAGUUAAUAAAGCAUCCAAAUGUCGUCCGUUUGUACGAGGUGAUGGGAAGCAAGACGAAGAUCUUCAUUGUACUUGAGUUUGUCACUGGGGGAGAGCUGUUUGACAAAAUUGUUAACUUCGGAAGGAUGAGCGAGGAUGAAGCACGGAGAUAUUUCCAGCAACUUAUUCAUGCUGUUGAUUACUGCCACAGCAGGGGUGUAUAUCACAGAGACUUAAAGCCAGAAAAUUUACUCCUUGAUGCACAGGGAAACCUCAAAAUAUCUGAUUUUGGCUUGAGUGCGCUUUCCCAACAAGUCAGGGAUGAUGGCCUUCUUCAUACUACUUGUGGAACUCCAAAUUAUGUUGCUCCAGAGGUGCUAGACGAUAGAGGUUAUGAUGGGGCAACUGCUGAUCUUUGGUCAUGCGGGGUCAUCCUAUUUGUGCUGCUUGCAGGUUACUUGCCUUUUGAUGACUCUAAUCUUAUGAACCUUUAUAAAAAAAUUUCAUUAGCAGAGUAUACGUGUCCAUCUUGGCUUUCUUUAGGUGCAAUGGAACUGAUCGUUAAGAUUUUGGACCCAAACCCUAUGACGCGGAUUACUAUUCCUGAGAUUUUGCAGAACAAAUGGUUCAAGGAAGGUUAUAAACCACCUGUAUUCCAAGAGGAAGAAAACAUAAAUCUAGAUGAUAUUCAUGCUGCUUUUAAGGACUCUGAAGCACAUCUUGUCAUGGAGAAGAAGGAAAUUCAGCCAUCAGUAAUGAACGCCUUUGACCUUAUUUCAAUGUCGAAGGGUCUUAAUCUUGGAAAUCUAUUUGAUGAAGAGCAGGAGUUCAAGAGGGAAACACGGUUUACAUCAAGGUGCCCUGCUAAUGAGAUCAUCAAUAAAAUUGAAGCAGCUGCAAAACCUCUUGGAUUCAAUGUUCAGAAGAAAAAUUACAAAAUGAAGCUAGAAAAUUUGAAAGCUGGGAGGAAAGGAAAACUUAACAUUGCAACAGAGGUGUUUGAAGUGGCCCCUUCUCUCCACAUGGUCGAAGUGCGGAAAGCUAAGGGAGAUACUUUGGAGUUCCACAAGUUCUAUAAGAAGCUUUCGGUUCGCCUGAAAGACGUAGUAUGGAAAACCGAGGAAGACAUGAAAAAUAGCGAGCCCGAUGAUCGUGAUGGCAACCACAAACUACAUGGUUCCUAGCAGUAGAGUUGUACAUAGCGUGCAGCGUGCGUCAAUUUUAAAGUUAGUUAUUUCCCAAAUUUUUGAGAUGGCACCAACACCAUCCCUGUUGGUGUAUGUAGCUUGGACCUUUUACUGUUCAUGUGACCGCGAAAAAAAAUAUACAUAUGUAUAUAAAGAUGGAACUUUCUGUAAUGCGGAAUGCGGACUGGACUUCUAGAUCUUAACAA